AUGGACUUUUAAUUGCCAAAGAGGUAUGGACUAAACAAACCUACUUUUAAAGUGAUGUACAAUAUUACCUAAUUAGGGCUGGUUAGCAUUAUGCUAAAUUUGAUUCCUCACUUAAACCACUUAAAAAUCUGAAUACAUUCAUUGAUCUCUCUAAACCUAUUUAAGAACUCAAUUACAUUGAAAACAGAAAGGUUCGUCAGAUAAUGUAGCAUCUCAAAUUCUAAUCAUAGAAUCGGAAAUUCAUCAAUCAUUAAGAUUAAUAGAUUACAGCUAUCAGUUAACAAUUGGAAAUAGAAUUAGAAAAUCUAGCAAGAGAAGAUUCUACAACACCUUAAGUUGAUUUAGUCAAACUUAAAUUUCCAUCAUAAUUGUAAACUAAAUUUGUACAUGAAUCUGCAGCUACUCUCGAAACUCAUUAUAAUCUUCAUCGAAUUAAAGAAAGAAUGAAUCAUCGGAACAUUACAUUAACAGAAAGUGAUCUACUAAAUAAAAUUACUUAAAUUAACUUUCAAACAUCUAGAAAUUGUGACACUAAAGAAUUUUAUCACAAUUUUAAUAGUUCUCAUCCAAGUGGAAAAAAAGAACCAUAACUUAGCCUUGAUGAAAAAUAUUAGAUUCUGAAGGAAUAUUUAAAAGAAAGAGGAAUAGAGAUGGGUAAAAAAGAAGCUAUUCCAAAUGAGGGAUACUUGUAAUUUUAUCAUGAAGCCACCAACAGAUUAAUUAAAUAAACAAAAGAAUAAUAACUUUUAAAAUUUAGAAAGAGUAUCACUUUAAAGACUGCUCCUGAUAAUUAAGAACAUUCUCCUCAUAAAAAAAUGAGUGUUACAAAAAUAAUUACUCUACCAACAACUGUAGGUACUACUCCUGCUUUAAAUGGAAUAACACCAAGUAAUUUAAAUAUACUUCAUCAAUCUUUAUUAAAAUUAAAUGCAGGAAACAAUGGAUCUCCUAUUUUCAUAUCUCAUAGACAUAGAACAGAAAAAGAAAAGUCACCUGAAAAACCUUAUUCUGAAAAAUGGUAAGAUUUUUAAAACAAAGCAGAAGCUUUAUAAAGUUAUUACCUUCAUGAAGGGAAGGAGUGUUUAUAAACAUUAGAUGACUUAGAAAAUACUAUAGAAAAACCUUACUUGAGGCAUUUUAAUUAAAUAAUUAAAGUAGAACAGGAACAAGAUAAUUUGGAAGAGCAAUAAAAACAAAAUAAAAUAAUGAGAAAGAGAAAAUAAAAUUUACCUAAAAAAAUUAGAAUGUAGAAGAUCUUCAAAUCAGAAUUAUAAUGA